GGUAAUAUCAUGUGAGCCUGCUGGAGUUGACAUGAAAGGAAACAAAAUUUGUGAUAUGGACAAAAAGCAACUUAGGAUUUCUGACAAGCAGCGUAUAAGUGUUUGGGAUAUAUUGGAAGGCCAUAAGAAUCCAGCACCCUUAUCAUGGGUUUGGUUUGGUGCGGUUAAGUCAGAAAGGAAAUCUCUUGCAUAUGAAGAAACACAUCGCAAUCUGAAAUAUCAUGCUCAUAGUUUAGUUAAACCCAUUGAUUAUUUUUAUGAAUCGUUGUCUCUGCCACCUGAAGACAUAGAGCCCGUUUCGGAAAAAAUCAGCAUUAAAGAUGAAAUGAAACCGGAUACCCCGUCAUCAGUAGAUCAAUCACCUAGUGCUGUGACUUCCGGAAGAACCCGUGGAAAAGGAACAACGCGCAAACGUAAACCAAAGAAUUCAAAAACUUCCCCCACAAACGUUUCAACGCCAUCUCAGAUAACUCUGCAACCACAAAUAUCUCAAGUUCAGUCUCAAAACGUGCAGCAGAUGCAUCCUCAAAGUCAAAUUAAUCAAAUGCAAAUGAAUGCACAGGUAAAUAAUCAACAAUUUAGCUCGAAUCCAGUGGUACCACAAAAUUCUGGAGUACUGAUGCAGCAGCAAUCUCAGGGAAGCUUGCAACAUAUUAGUAAUAUUCAAAAUAAUCAAACUGGCUUUAUGGGAAACAUGUCCCAGGGAGUAUCACAAUUAAGUGGUCAAAAUCAGCAACAUUGGAUUGGUCAAAAUCAAUACCACUCGAUUCAACAGCAACAACAAUUUUAUCCUCAUCAAGGUAGGAAUGUACAUACACAUGACUGUAUUUUAGGCUGGGCCGAUCUAAAAGCUUUUUGAUAAUAUUUUAAUCUUGAUAUUAUGUUGACUUAGCUCUAUUCAAAUAACAAUUAGCUCCGAGUAGAUAAGAACCAAAUUAAGUCAUAUCUUUAGCCGGCGCAAUUUAUUGAC